AGGCUGAUCUCAGACAUUAUGCAUGAGAAACUGGGAAUAGAGAUGAGUGUCCUCAUGGGGGCCAAUAUUGCUAGUGAAGUGGCAGAAGAGAAGUUCUGUGAAACAACCAUUGGCUGCAAGAACACGCAGCAUGGGCAGAUGCUGAAGGAGCUGAUGCAGACCCCAAACUUCCGUGUGACGGUGGUGCAGGAAGCUGACACCGUAGAGAUCUGUGGGGCUCUCAAGAACAUUGUGGCUGUAGGAGCUGGUUUCUGCGAUGGGCUCGGCUAUGGAGACAACACGAAGGCUGCUGUGAUCCGUCUGGGAUUGAUGGAGAUGAUUAGCUUUGCCAAACUCUUCUGUAAGGGCCCCGUCACCUCCUCCACCUUCCUGGAGAGCUGUGGCGUCGCUGACCUCAUCACCACCUGCUAUGGUGGCCGUAACCGCAAAGUGGCUGAGGCUUUUGCCAAGACCGGGAAGUCUAUUGAGCAGCUGGAGAAGGAGAUGUUGAAUGGGCAGAAGCUGCAGGGUCCCCAGACGUCUGCUGAGCUGCACCGCAUCCUUAAAACCAAGAACGCAGUGGAGAAGUUCCCCCUCUUCACAGCUGUGUAUCAGAUCUGCUACGAGGGCAAACCUGUUACCGAUAUCAUCAAGUGUCUUCAGAACCACCCUGAGCACAUGUAAGUGGGCUCUGCCUGCAAAUCCACUGAUCCUGCCAGGAUGAGCGGAGAGCUCUUGCCCGCACCAACUUGCUCUGCUGCUACAGCUUUGUAAGGAGUCUGGAUUUCCUGGGAGCCUUUGCAGGAUGCUGGAAGGGCAGAGGUUUCCUUUCUCAGCUCUGGACACUGCCAGCCUCAGCCUGGCAUCUGCAUGGAAGUACCUGCUGAUCUCCCUCUCUCUUUGAAGGACUCGUUUAG